AUGAGCUCCCUCCGGGGCUGGGGCGGGGGGCCGGCCGCCGGGGGUCGGGGGUCAGGGGGGAGGGAGGGAGCGGGGGGCCGCGCGCCUCCUCGCUCCCUCCUCCUCCUCCUCCGCCGCCGCCGCUUCUUUUCUUUGCCUCCUCCUUCCUCCUCCUCGGCGUCCUCCUCCUCCUCCUCCUCGCUCGCUCUGUCUGGCCGCCCCCCCCGCCGUGCUCUCGCCCUCAUGCCCCGACGGGCCCCCCCCCCGCCAACAAUGAGACCCGCGUGCCGGGCGCGCCCUCUCCGCGCCGCGCGCGUAGCUACCAGGGCCGCCCAGCCGCCGCACAGCCCGGGCCCGGCGGGGGAGGCGCCGAGUGGCACAUCGCGAGCGCCCGCCCGCCCCGCGCCGCCCGCUCCGCGCCGCCCGCUCACGCGCCGCCCCCCCGGCCCCCCUGCCCGGCCGCGGCAGCCAUGGCCGCGCGCCUCCGCUCGCUCGCUCCCGGCCCGCCCGCCGCCUGCCGCCCGCCGCCCGCCGCCCGCCGCCGGCCCUCGGUUGUUGCUCAUGAACUCUCGCUCUGCCUGCCCUUCCAUCUCGAUCUCGGUCUCCAGUUCUCCAUUCCCCACCGCCCAGGUCUUCGUUUUUGCGUCUGUUCUUCAACCUCAAGGAAACCUACGAUCAGGGAAAGGGACGCUUGGAGCAGACGCGACGUGGGCCGCCCUCCCCUCGGUGUCGGGGGGCAGUUAGGCUCUGUGGAUUGCCGCUCGUGGGCUCUUUCCUCGGUGAUCCCUCUGAAGGUAGACACUCAUAAGCAGACAUUUGUUCAUUCAAGAAAUAUUUAUCGAAUGCUUACUCUGUGUAGCCGCGGGUAUAGAGCAGUGAACAAAACAGGUAUUCCUGCCCCUGGAGAGCUUCCGGUCCAGCUCACAGACACACCCCCCACACACGUGUACACACAAAUCAGGAACUCAGACCCUUUAGAGGCACACCUAGGCACCCACAAACACAUAAAUUCACUCCUAGCGUCAUCCAAUCACACCACCUGACUCUCCCAGAGAAACACAAACCCCAAGUCCAGCCGCGUAGGCGCGCUUAGAGACCCACGCGAGUUAGUGACCCACGACUACAAAAGUGCUCACGAACAACACAGUUACACUUGACCUCUGGGUACACACACACAACAUAAACUCACACACAGCAUCCCAAAGGAUUAAAGUCCCUGAAAUUGGGUCUGGGAAGAAGUGAGGGGGAGACAGCCCAAAGAUUCCAUCCCCAAGACCGGUGUGGGGCAUGGGGAACGAAAUGUGAACCCCCCCCCACUUCUUAAAGGGUGGGGUGGACGCCUCCAGUCCAAAGGUCACACUCCCUCAGCGGGCGGUGAGGUGGCGGAGGGUAGAAGGCAGCCCCGGGGGCUUCAACAACACUUCAAAGACUUCGCGGCCCGGAAAGCUUCCUGCCGGGGAGGGGCUGAUGGAGACGAGAUGGGGAGGUCCGCAGGGUGACUGGGGGUGGAAGAGGCUGCCCCCGCCUCGGCGCACUGCCCCCCUGGCCGACUCUUCCGCCGGGACCGCCUCCUUUUCACCAGCACCUGUUCAACCGGAACAUCAAGGGGCCGGGGCCCGCCGCCACCCCUCCUUUCGCGUCUAUUUAGUACCUUUCAUCCCUGAGGCGGUGUGGGGGAGGUGGGGGGUGAAUCCCCGCCCAGGAGAGAGGGAGGGGGAGAACUUGUCCUUGACCUGGUCUGCGGCGUUAGGGACUUACUCCCUUAAUCCAGGCAAGCCUGGAGUUUGGGGAGGUCGGGGAAGCUGUGUUCUGGCUGCAAGCCCUCUACGUCCCCUAGUUCUUUCACCGACACGGGAAUCCCGGAGGGCUGCCAGGACUGAGAGGCUCUGUCUGAACGCGCGGGGCAAGGGAGAGGCCUGUUUCUGCCGCUUCUGUGCCUGGGGAAGGUGGCAGGAACCAGGGGACUUUUGCGGGCGGGUCCGAGGGCCGGGAUAUUUGCGAGGACCGCCACGCGCCAGUAUCUUGGUCAGCUUUGUGAACUUCGCUCAUACGAAAAGUUAAGAAGCAGAUGAGGAGUCUCACUUAGGAGUUUCUAACGAAUUACUUUUACUGAAAAGACUAAAACUUCAAGAAAAUUAAACGCAAAAAUGUCGGCCGUAGCCCAGCACCAGUUUCGGAACAUUUGAAUAUUUGCUUUCAGGACCAACCACGGCCGAUGUGGCCGCAGUUUCGUGUUUCGCUGGACGAGGAUCACUCGAGGGCCCGUCGGUCCCUGCAUCUAGGGGUGGGCAACUUGGGGACUGAGGUCUAAGAAGCAUCGUUUCGGGUCCUCACUCCUUGCGAGUACACUGCCCGAAGCUUGUGGGAUGAAUGCGCGACGAUAUUUAAGCGUUUAGUAAAUGUAUCGGGAGCAUCGUUUCGUUUAAUCCUCCCCAUAACCCUUUUGGUUGGGUGCUAAUAUCCCCCAUUUUAUAGACGGAGCAUCUGAGGUUCCGGCGGAUGAAGUGACUUGUCCAAAAUCUCAUAGCCUUUAAGCUGGAGAGCGGGGAUUUGAACCAAGUAUGCCCUUCCCUAGGGCUGAGGCUCCACCACCACACUGGUCGAAUGCCUGUGUAGAACUGGGAUGUUAGCACAUCGCAAAUGUUCCUUUCCGAGGUCUGCAGAAACUCGGUUCUCCCCGGGUUAGACUAGAUUCCCGCCGGUACUCUCAGGGCUGAGCUGUCAAACUCAUUAUCCAUCUUGCAAUAUUUUCCUGAGCACCUACUAUGUACUUACACACACACACACACA